UAUCACUUCCGGGGCAGGCGCUACUUCCUUUCUGUGCUCGCGCGUCGUGGUAGUAGCAGGCCCGGCCGUAACAUGCAGAACGACGCCGGCGAGUUCGUGGACCUGUACGUUCCGCGGAAAUGCUCCGCCAGCAACCGCAUCAUCGGUGCCAAGGACCACGCGUCCAUCCAGAUGAACGUGGCCGAGGUUGACAAGGUCACCGGCAGAUUUAACGGCCAGUUUAAAACGUACGCCAUCUGCGGGGCUAUUCGCAGGAUGGGUGAGUCAGAUGACUCCAUUCUGCGAUUGGCGAAGGCUGAUGGCAUCGUUUCAAAGAAUUUCUGAGUGGAGAGUCAUAGAUGUGGAAUGUUUGUCAUAAAUAAAGAGUGAAACCCUA